GCGUGACGUCACCGCGCAGAAGUAAACAGACCGCCGGGCUUCAUCCGUAAACACGCUCGCGAAAUGUUUACGAUGGCGCGUUAAAUAUCACGCGGCUGUCGUUCGUGGAGGCCAGCGGCGGAGCUCUCGAUCGUGCUGUAAAUGCCACCGAUUAUCGAUUACCGAUUGACUGAUUGAUGUCAGGUCGGGAUGGCCGCGGGUUUCGCUCCCCCGAAGCUCAAAGACUUCAUUCUGACCGAGAAACUGGGAAGCGGCACUUACGCGACCGUUUACAAAGCUUUCAGAAAGGCGGACGGCAGGGAGGCGGUGGCCGUGAAGGUGGUCAGUAAGAAAAGCCUCAAUAAAACCUCGAUGGAGAACCUGCUGACUGAGAUCGAGAUCCUCAAAACAGUCCGGCAUCCUCACAUAGUGCAGCUCAAAGACUUCCAGUGGGACAGCGAGAACAUCUAUCUGAUUCUGGAGUGGUGUUCAGGAGGAGAUUUGUCCCGAUUUAUCCGAAGUCGCCGGAUCCUUCCGGAGAGAGUCGCCCGUCGCUGCCUACAGCAGAUCGCAUGCGCUCUUCAGUUCCUCCAUGAGAAGAACAUCUCUCAUCUGGACCUCAAGCCACAGAACAUUCUGCUGAGUGGAAACGUGCUGAAGCUCGCAGACUUCGGUUUCGCGCAGUACAUGAGUCCGUGGGACGAGCAGCAGGCUCUGAGAGGUUCUCCGCUCUACAUGGCUCCUGAGAUGGUCUGCAGACGGCAUUACGACGCUCGGGUGGACCUGUGGUCCGUCGGGGUCAUUCUAUACGAAGCAUUAUUCGGACGAGCUCCCUUUGCCUCUCGCUCCUUUGCUGAACUAGAAGAGAAGAUCCGCAGCGAGAAACCCAUCGAGCUUCCGUCCGGAGCCAGAGUUUCUCGUGACUGCCGAGAUCUGCUGCUGCGUCUGCUGGAGCGAGACCCGGACGGACGCGUCACGUUCCAUGAGUUCUUCCUGCAUCCCUUCGUGGAUCUGGAGCACAUGCCCAGCGCCGAGAGCCUCGGGAAGGCUAAAGCGCUGGUGUUGCAGGCGGUGAGGAAGGACCAGGAUGGAGAGAGAUCGGCGGCGUUAUCUCUCUACUGUAGUGCACUCGAACACUUCGUUCCUGCCAUUCACUAUGAGACGGACACACAGAGGAAGGAAGCCCUGAGACAGAAGGUGAAUCAGUAUGUUUCUCGUGCCGAGGAGCUUAAAGCGCUGGUCAGAUCGGACAACAAGAUCAGUUUUGAGGAGGCAAAAUCAACCAGGAACAUAUUAAUAGAAAUGUCUAGAGAUCAACCACGCUUACUGGCGGCGCUGGAAGUGGCUUCCACUGCUGUUGCCCAGGAGGAGAGCGGCGCCGAGGACUAUGACACGCUCGAUCUGUACCAGCAGUGUCUGGGAGAGCUGCUGCUGGCGCUGGCGGCUGAAUCUCAGGGCCGGCGCAGGGAGCUGCUCCACAGCGAGAUUAAAAGUCUGAUGAGUCGAGCUGAAUACCUCAAAGAGCUGAUGAAGAUGCGGGAAACUCAGACGGACGACUCUCUGAAGAAAGACGCCGCUGCUGAGUCUGUGAGAUCCUCCUGCUGUUUACAGUGAGCUUGGGGUUCUCGCCAUGGCAACGGGAUGCUGCGCUCCUGGCAGACACACACACUCGCUCUCGCUGAACCGUCUGAUCUGGUUUGUGUUCGUCUUGGCCAGAUCUGAAAUCUCUCACCUUCACACCUGAAGGAGAAGAGUCCUGACUGUAAAAAUCACUGCUGAGGACACACACACACACACACACACACACACACACACACACAGGCUGACCGCAGCUCUACCGCAGAUCCAGCAGCAUGAGAGAGGUGUGGCUUUCUGUGUGUUUACUCUGGGCUCACACACACACACACACACACACACACACACACAAAGGGAGUUUUAGCGUUGUGUCAGACGAGCUGUGAUUGCUGAUGAUUGUGGGGUUAUUUAUUCACUGAACUGAAUGAAAGCAUCAUCUGUAUUUCUCUCUCUCUCUCUCUCCGAGUGAAUAUUUUCUUGCGUUAUGAAUUUCUGUUGGCCAUAAAUUGUCAUUUCCUCUCUGCAUUCCUCCGGUAAUAUAAUUCCUCCCCUGCAUUCCUCUUUCCUCUCUGGAAUAAAUCAGCCUGCAGAAACCAUCAUCAUAUUCACUCGAAACAUCAACAGCUCUUUACUUCACGGGAUCCCUUCAUCAAGCUCCUUUACUUUCAGCAAUUAUUACAAUCAAAAGUUAUAUCUGUGAAUAUUUAAUAGACUCGAGCUGACGGUUGUAUUUUUAUAAACGGACGUUAUCAAGCAGGAAACAUGCGUAUGCGUUUGUUUUACACUCAGUUCACUGAAAUGACUGAUGAGCGCUGAAACAUGGUGGUCUUCCUCAGGAUUUCGUCUGGUUUUUAAACAAAAAUGAAUGCAAACGAAGUGUGUUUUCUGAAAAAACGAUCAAAAUAAAAUGAGCGUUUGGUAAAACAAGAACAAACAUCUGCUGAUGGGUUCAGAAAAAUCAACUUCAUUCAGUUUCAUUUUCCACUGACAGAUACUCGUUCUUGUUUUAGUCGUAAACGUGAUUGUGUUCGAUUUCCCCGAAA